CCAAGGAGACCCGGCCCGCGCCCCUUCCAGCUCCGUAUCCCGGCUCUUCCUCCCUCCCGCCCGGUCCCCAUUCGAGUCCCGCGUUUUGGUUGAGCGCAACUCCUCCGUGGACAUGCCCCAAGGAGCCUUACCCAAAGUCGUCCUUCCCCGGGACCUCAAGGAAGAAGCCGCUCUAAAAAGGAGGAGACACGCGGAGCUACUGAGGCAGUGCCGCGUCUUCAACGCCAGAAAUAGGCUCAUCGGGUGUGACCUAGAAGCUUGGAAUGCUCAAGUUCAUGAUCGGAAGAUUCAGGAAGCAACAGAGAAAGCAAGGAAUGAAGCCAUUGCUGCCGAGAUGAGGUGGAACGACAAGACGGCCUGUCUACUAGACCAGCGGCAGAGGAGGGACAGGAGACGCAUGGAAGAAGCUCUCGUGGGCUUCCACCGGGACUUCCAGGGGCCGGAAACUCGCCGGGAGCUGGACCUGUCUGACCCGCAGGCCCGAAAGAGGGAGGCGGUUCUCGGCCCUCCGGACCAAGACCCUCGUUGGGCAAUAUCUGGGAUGCAGACAUUCCAAGGGGAGGAUGUGAACUUCGAGGUGAGGAAGAAAUUUCAAGAGGAGCAGAUGAGAGAAUGGUCACUUCAGCAGCAGAGAGCCCAGAAAAAUGCCUUAGCCGAUCAAAAAUCUGCAGAGGACCUCUAUGCCAGGACCGUGCUUGACUUGGACCAGAAGGCCAUGGACAUGCAAAGACUGGAGGCUGAAACAAGGCGAGCUGUUUGUGCCGCUACAAAGGAGUUCAACAAGGCCCAGGCCGAAGAACUGGCAGAGAAGAGAUGGCGAGAAAAGCAACAGGAACAAAGAGAGAACGCAGCCGAGAUCAGUCACCUGCUCGAAGGGAGCCUUCUGUCUGAGCACCGGGGUCUGCAGGGAGCCCGGGGGGUGGGGAUGAGCCAGGACCAGCUGGACGACAUCCGGGCUAAGCAGCAGCAACAAGUCCGUGAGAAACUGCGGUUUCGGGAAGACGAACGGCAGAGUAACGCAGAUUGGGACCAGCAGCGGAUUCAGGAAGACAGGGCUGCCAUACUGUUUGAGCGGCAGCAGCAGCGGCUCCAUCGGGAACUGCGCAGGGACCUCGACAAUCACAACCUCCACCUUGCCCAGCAGCAGAAGUCCCGGAAAAAACUCCUUGAGGAGGAAACCUAUACAAAUUGUCCAACCGAAAAGUAUUUUGAACAGUUUAAUACAACCAGUCGAUGAGGAAGACACACUCACUCAUUUUCACUACAGUGAUGCCAGUAAAGAUGGAUUUCUUUCCCUCAGA